AUGGUUUGCAUGGCGGCAGCCGGCGGUGGAUAUGGAGGUGGAAUUGGAAGUGGAUUUUCAGGCAGUGGAUUUAGCCGUGGUGGAAGUGGCGGAUUCGUUGGUGGCAGAGGAUUUAGUGGAAGCGCUGGAUUCAGCAGCAGUGGAUUUACCGGAGGAAGCGGCGGGUAUGGUGGCGGACGAGGUGGAGGCAGCGUCGUCCGUGCGCCCUUGAUGGGCGUGGGCGUUCUUCCUAGCGUCGGCGGCGCCUCGGGCUUCGGCGGCGGUUUCGGCCAAGGCGGAGGAGGAUCCUUCGGCGGAGGACGAGGAAGUGGCGGAGGAAGCUACGGAUGGUAA